GAGUGGUUGAAAAACAAGUUUUAAUGACUCCAACCUAAGUGUAUGUAAACUUCCGACUUCAACUGUAUAUCAUGUUUGCUUAAAUAUAUUUAGGUUGUGAAAUGAGUCGAAAUGAUAGAGGGAAAAGAGCUUUGGAAAAAAUAAUAAAGAUUUUAAAAUCAGCACUAGUAUUUUUUAAGGAAUGUUUCAGAAGCCUAUCACGUUUUGCCAUCUGCAAUGUGUUUCAGUGUGAUCUAUCAAUGGUUCAAUGCAUACAUUGUUACAUUUUGUUAUUUUCAUGAAACACACUUUGUGACAUUGUAACAAGUUUUAGUGUAGUCUCUAGGGCAUGGAUGUAUCGUUAUGGGAUCUAUGCAUGUUUUUUUUUUUUUUUAUCUAGCAGAUGGAGUAAUUACCAUUACUACUGUUGAGAUGAUAGCAUGAAGACAAAGAUGUAAGAUGUCAUUCACCUCAAAUGACCUGGAGUACUUUGGGGUAAUAACCAGAGACAACCUAGUCCUGACUGUCCUGCCACAGUCAGAUUAUGGUUAAUCUGGAUGCGGGAUAAAGCUGCCUGUCUGCUUCUGUCUGCUUCACACACAGCUCUAAGUGUCAUUAACUAACAGUCCCGAGGGAAAAUGUGGUAGCCCGUCUAUCGUCAUGCCAUUGAGCAUGUCAUACAUGGAAACACCAGUUCCCUAGAAUGUGUUAUGAUGCUGGUUAGACCCUGCACACUUGUGUCUCACUUUUAAUUCCCAGGCUUGUAAUGCCUGUCACCUAGAAAUCCAGACAGAAUUCAGCUCUGUUGCUAGUUUGUUACGCUCCACUACUAAAACAUAGCGUGAUUCAGUCUAGAUUUUGAGGCUACCUGUCUUCCUAGGCAGUCUAUAUUCACUACAAUGUCCUAUAUUUCACUACAUUCUCAUAUCAUCAAAGUUUCAGUCAUAGAGACUGUUGCAUGUAGUCUGUUGAGGAGACAGUAAAUGCAGGACUGUAUAUCUCUUGCUUGUUCUACAGCCAGGGUAGCUGGAGGGAAUCGACUAAUCUCAUAAGAGGCUAAAGCUGCUUGAGAACCAGGGGCAAGGGAUGUAGACUAGCUAGGGGACAAAUUUAUUGUAGUAGGCUUGCUUGACGUUUUAUUGCAGUGAAAAAGUUAACAUGUGCUCCGUUUCAAAUGUGCCAGGCCUUUUUGGAAUGACUUUCGAGGCAGAUCUGAAAGGUCAUAGCAACACCAAUGGAGGCUGAAGAUGGCGGACAUUUGUUGGAGUUGAUAUUUCAGAUCUGAAUACCAGGUUAGGAUGCAUCUGGAGAGUAGAAGAUAAAGCGACAACAAUGCUUCUUUUGGAGGUGUGCUGCUGCCUGAUUGGCUGGAUUUCACUCUACUUUGCAUUCUGUUACCUGAAUGGCCCGCGGGGCAAGGAGUGGAACUGCAGGCUGGUGACACUGACACAUGGGAUCCUCAUAGUAUGUCUUACUGCAUACAUUAGCUUCAUCGAUGGGCCCUGGCCUUUAACACAUGCAGGUACAGAGAACACCCCGCUCCAGAUCCUGGCCCUGGUGGUUAGUCUGGGCUACUUCCUAUUCGACUUUGGUUGGUGCAUCUGCGUCCGUACCGAGGGCCCUGUCAUGCUGGCCCACCACACCAUGAGCAUCGCAGGCAUCCUGUUGGCACUGUGCCUGGGCAAGUCGGCAGUGGAGACAUGUGCCGUGAUUUUCGGCAGCGAGAUCACCAACCCCUUGCUGCAGGCCCGCUGGUUCCUCCGGCAGGUGGGCCGCUACGACAGCCUGUGGGGGGACGCGGUGGACCUGCUCUUUAUCCUGCUCUUUGCCCUGGUGCGUGUAGGCGUGGGUGGCAUGAUGCUCUACUGUGAGCUCAUCUCUCCCCGGCCCAGCCUCAUCAUGAAGGGAGGGGGCCUGGCCAUGUACACACUGGCCUGGGUCUUCAUGGUGGACAUUGCCAAGUUUGCCUGCAAGAAAAGCAGGACAAAGUACAAGAGGUGGCAUGAGAUGUGCAAGUUGGGAGAGGUGAAUGGACACACAGGGAAGACUGAGUGAAGAGUGAGGUGACUGGGGUGGAGGUAUUUGAUCUGAGACACAUUGAGCGACCGUCAGCUGCAGUCCCGACAUUGUGUUUCAGGGAUCACCUGCUGGGUGGUUGUGAGCGGUGGGCAUCUAACCAGGUUCAAUAUGUAAAUUAUGGGAUGGAGGUCUGAGAUUGGCUCAGGGGUGUGAAACUAUCAGAUCCUUAGGGCUCUUUCCCCACACGAAAACAGAAGUGAAAUGCAAAUAAGUAGCCUGGGCAAUGUGUUCCAAUGCAUAUUUAACUACAAAAUGUUUUUCAAAUAUUUUGGCAGUCAGUAACAGUCUCCCUGGUGUAUAUCAGCUUUUACCCUUGGUGGCUGAACUACAGUACAAGUUGGAUGCUGCUCUGCGAUAUUGCGUCCGUCCACUUACUGAUGGUGAACUGAUGAGUUCGAUGUCUGAUGAACAAUUGAUCAACAUUUGUACAAAUGCAGCUCUACCUCAUUUUGACUUUAAUUGUGGAACUCCCUCACAGGGAGUGUUUGACAUCAGUGUUUGAUGUCGGUGUCACUGAAGAGGUUUGAAUAGCACACAUAUUUUAUUGUAAUCUCAUAGGAAUGCUAAAAGAAGGGAAAAUCUAGUCUACCUCAGUGAAGUUAGUUAAUACCUUGUCAAUGUGUUUAAGUUUUGACAAAUUACAUAUUUCCCAUUUCAAACUAGUUCUAAUUUAAACUGACAAACAAAUCAAGCUAUUAUCAGACUUGGUAUUCCAUAUGGUUUAAUGGACCAUGUUGUUGUGCUUGAACUAGAUUUUUGUGUGUGCAGCUUAAAGUUAAAAAGUUGAUCCUUGCAUCACAGUUUACAUGGAAUGUUACUGAUUGUUCAGAAACCUUGAUCAGUAACCAAAACUAAGCUGUACUUCGAUCAUAUGCUGGCAUGGUCAAUAUUGUACAAUAUUUAAAGUGUGACUGCCGAGGCAAGUCUCACUAAUAUACUGCUAUUGCAACUAUUUUUUAAUUGGUGCUGCAAUACAUUAUAUGUCCUCUGUGUGACAGUAUACGCUAAUGUUAUGUUUCCAAGAGCGUCAUGAGAAAGUGUGCCCCCAAGAUUGAAAUAGCACUGAUGGAAGUUCCUCUACACUACAGUAGGCCCUUACCUAUCAGUGUCAGAUGAUGCAAGUGAAGUGGUCAAGUGUUCACUCCUUGAAUACUGUUAUUGUUUGUCUGCAGGUACAUUUUCUAUAUUAAACACAAUGAUU